AUGUCGCUAUCAGCAGCAAUCGACCAAGAGGCCAAGGACCUGCGACGGGACUUUGAGCAAAACAACUCUCGCAAGAAGUCGUCCUUGCCCCCUCUCCCUGCUCCAGCCACGACAACACCCGUCACACCAACAAGUCCUGUCUUGCCUUACAGAAGUAUGGCUCCCACUCCGGCCACUGCGCGCCAUAAGCCGGCAUUCCCUGGCGACCUUGGUCCUGGUGAUCCACGGCGCAGCUCGAGACUGCCAGGCGAUCUUGGUCCAGGAGACCCUAGGCGCAGCAGCAACAGACCUGCUAUGUCGGACGGCACUCGCUCAGCAGCACGCAGUCUGAGUCCCACUCGCGGAGUCAGCACCCUGAAUCCAGGCGAAAAGUCUCCUGCUCAGCGCAGAUUGUCAGACGCCGGCUCUAUACGUCCCCAGCUCGGAGACGGAGGUGUGCGCUUGCAAAAGGAUUACGACAACGAGUCUGCCAGCAGUGACGAGGAUAGCAGUGAUGAACAAGAUACAGACCACGAGUCGUCGCGAGGCAGAGGUCGCGCCAGAGUCGGUAACGCUGUUGGUGUCACUCGCGACGGUGAUGACAGCGACGACGAACCCUCUCCUCCGUUGAACGCUGAUCCCACUAUUACUGUCACUCCGCCUUCUUCGGAUCAGCCUUCCUACUCUUCUCGCAAGCCCGACGUCCAUCCCAGCACCGCCUUCGAUUUUGCCGCGUCCUCAACUUCCACACCCGUACAUUCAGACGACGAAGAACAUCUCUCCGAUCUGCGUCGCGCCCAACGCCUCUCGCUCAAUAUUUCUCCUAUCCACAGUACUCCCUCGGCCCAUCGUGUUAUCCGCCAGAUUAUCCGCGGCGACUAUCUCUACUUCCAGCGUCAAGCUGAAGAAGGCCGUAGGAGGCAAAGAGUCUACCUCGUCGCUACAGAUCUCUCGUCCGAGGCCGAGUAUGCCCUUGAGUGGACAAUUGGCACUGUAUUGCGCGAUGGUGACACUCUGCUGGCUGUAUAUGCCGUUGACGAAGAAUCUGGUACCGGUGGAGUAUCUGAAGGUGUUGAGAUCGGACACGGUGCAGAUGUCGUAAAGGACACAGCGACUAUCGUUCGCUCCAUGACUGCUGAGAGUAUGACUCCUGCAACACUGCCGCGAGAUAGCAGCACCGCUAGAAUGGCUUUCCACGAGAGAAAAGACAUGUCCAAGGCUGAGCAGGACCGCUUCCGUGCCGCUGAAGACAUCAGUCAGCGUUGUGUUAAGCUGCUUCGCAAGACUAGACUUCAGGUCCGUGUUGUGGUUGAGGUCUUCCAUUGCAAGAGUCCUAGACACAUGAUCACAGAAGUGAUCGACUUCCUGUCCCCAACGCUUACUAUUCUUGGAUCACGAGGUCGCUCCCAGUUGAAAGGCGUCUUACUAGGCUCGUUCAGUAACUACCUCGUGACAAAAUCCAGUGUGCCGGUCAUGGUUGCCAGAAAACGGUUCGUCGAACGACAUGUCAACAAGUAUGCCCAGGAGCCCCAGACUGAUACCCUUGCCAGACUAAGAAAACACUCCAAACAACGCCUACACAAGGACGGACUGCCAGUUGCUCAAGCCGGCGACGGAAGAAUGCGUUAUAUCAGAAUGUCCAACGUCCUGGAGGCACCCGGUACAAAGCCCAGAGCUAGAGGCCUGGCUGGAGCCAAGAUUGAUUGA